GUCUCGCGCUGUUUCUGUGCUGCUGCGUGCGUGGCGCUUUCAGCAUCUGACGAGAUUUAAAACUCACUACAAUCAUAUAACAGAGAAUGACUUUAGUUUUAAAAUAUAUCUCUCUAUACUCGCACCGGUAAGAUUAUAUCUGCGCACUCUGAAGCGCUUAUAAAGUUUCAAAGACUUUUAAUCUGCUGGUUUAAACAUGCAGAGCAGCGACGUAAAACGACGCAAAAAGGCGUCAGAUGCCAAACAAAACGGAGAGAAGAGAAGAGAAGAAGAGAGAGAAGAAGAAGAAAACAAGAGAGAAGAAGAAGAAAACAAGAGAGAAGAAGAAGAGAGUAAAAAGACGAAUGAAACGACACAGAAGAGCUCUGACGUCACGCUCGUGUUUAGUCUGAUGUCUCUCGCCGGUUCUGUGAUCGUGAUGUGGAUUCUUUAUCAGCAGAACUCGAGGUUUACAGAAAUCAAAGAACAGUAUGAUGAUUUAUAUGAGAAGACUCGAAGUGUCCUGGAGCUUCAGUCACAGAUGUCUUCAGUCUCAGAUAAAUGUGAGCGUGUUCAGUCUCUCAUGUCCAGUCUGAAGAGACCGCCGGCUGUUUCUCAUCUGGAGAGUUUGGACAUGGAGGUCUCUCUUCUGAAGGAGAAGUUCUCAAACCUUACCAGACACCGGCAGCGACUCCAGGAGAACCUGAGUGGUUUGUUUCAGGCUGUGCAGAACUUGGAGAACCGAAGUCUUGUGAUCUCUAGUGAUGUGAUGUCAAAGGUGGCCUCCGUCCGCACAGACGUCAGGCGUAUGUCUGGACUGGAGGGUGAAGUGAAGGAUCUCCUCAGUCAGACAGACACCCUCGAGGAGAAGGUCGCUCAGACCGAGAAACUGAUGAUCAAACGCAUCGCCGAUCUGCUGGCCGGCAGCAUCGAUCGUGUUUCUGCUGUGAAGAGCUCGACGGAGAGGAACGCUCAGAGACUGGAUCACAUGGCUAAACUCAUUCAGGAUGUCUCCACAGCCAACAGUGAGAUCUCGGAGCGCAUCCUGACGCUGGAGAGCGCUCAAGCCAAGAUGUUGAAGAUGAGCACGUUCGCCGCUGACCUGAAGCCCAAAGUGUUCACCAUCAGACAGGACUUCAACGUUCUGGAGGCCAAACUGUCUGAACUGACGCUGAGGAUCGGACUGAUCGCUGAAGACGUCAUGAGAGAAGAACAAUUGACAGAGAUGAAGAACAACCAACCGUACAUCUGAAGAUUGUAUAUCUGACACACUGGACCAGAAACACACACUGUGACACAUUCAAACUCACGUUUAGAUCAAGAGUGCACACUGCAAGCGUGUGAGGGAAAUCUAACGCAUCUGACCAUAUUAGGAACAUCAGGUUCCUCUUCAAUAGUACUGACAGGUACUCCACCUUACUUGUGUAUACAUUUGGGCGGUCUUAGUCACAUCAGACCACCAACUGAUGUAGAUUUGUGGGGGUGUGGUCACACAAGGUGUUACAGACAGGUCUGGGUGAACAUUCACUUUAAGAAAGAACGACUCACUUUUAUUUCUGGAAUUUAACGUGUCUAAAACAUGCAUGAGCAACUUAUAACACACCAAAGACCCAUAAAAACAUGUGUUCACGCCAUAUGACCCCUUUUAUGUCACAUGGAAACUUAUGUCUUCAUUUUUUAUGAUAUGAAACUUUUUCCCUAAAUCGUUUCUUUUGGUCAUCCUUCAUAUUUAACCAAUGAAAAGUAUUUAAAAAAGUUUGUCAACAUGUCAUGUUUUACAUUUCAUAAAAAGCAGCAGUUUUGAUAAUAAGAUGUUUCAACCCCGACAACGACAUGCAAAGCUAUUAGAUUCAGUAAUCCCUUUUUGAUUUGGAAUAUAAAUUGUUUAUUUUCUGGGGUUAUUGUCUGUAAUGUACAUGAGCAGAUGAAAUAAUGUCAUCAUUACUAAUAUUUGGCACCUUUUAAGUAUUAUUAAUUAAGAGUAGUAUUAAUAUUGUCACCACCUUUCAUUUAAAAUCUUUAAAUUGUUGUUUGAAAAUAAAGAAAUGAAAUGUGA